CACAGGCGGGGAAUUUCAUCAUUUCAUAAUUUUUUUCAUUCGUAUCCUAUCCAUCAGAGAGAGUGAAAGGAAACCUAGAGAGAGUGAGCGAGAAUGGGGCACACUAUUAAUAUUGAACACCAUCAAGCAACAGAUGGGUUGGUGAAUCUGUUCACAAAGGCGAGUCAUGAUCUCACAGUGGUUCAGCACAGGCUCGAAAAGGAGUUUCAACAAGUCUACCCUGACAACGCAAACCCGAUGAAGUUGGUGUCUAGGAUAAAGAAAGUACAGGAAGAUCUGUUGAUCUUGAAAGAGCAGUGUCGCGAGCUUCUAACAGCCAAACAGGACUUAAUUGAUAAGGCUCGGACCACUCUUGUUGGGAACAGAACUUUGCUACAGCAGAUGCAAGCAUCUGUGGGCAUCCCCCUUGUCAGCAAUUCUGAUGAUCCUGCAUUUGCUAAUUUCAACCAGAUUGUUGAUGAGUGGGCGGUUCAAGUCAGAUCAAGGACAGGUGAUGAGAAGCUUGGAUCGGAUUCUCAGGAUAUUAAUGAAUUACUUUUCUCAGCUAUAGUUUAAAGCAACUGAACAUCAUGAAAUAGUUUGGGUGUCAAGCAUGAUAGUUCAAUCUCCAGAUUCCUGAAGAUUAUGAAAUUAAGACACAAUAAGUUAGAUGUUAUAGUGUGUCUGAGAACUUUUGUGCACAUUAGGUUUCUUGGUUUUGUUCAACUGAGUUGAAUUCAUGUAAAUAUUGGAUUAUUGGAUGAUAAUGUAUUGUACUUAAAAUUUAA